AUGGCACAGUACGGAUACGGCAGGCAGCAGAACCCCUUCGACCAGCGUAACGAGGGCGGUUACGGUGGAGGAAACAAUUACGGCGGAUACAACGACGACAGCUAUGGAUCAAACAAUGUCGAGAUGGCCCCUCUGGCCCAGGGCGGAUCUACGUUCGGCCUGUCAAACCCCAACGCUCUCCUGAACGAGUGCGCAGAUAUUGGCCGUGGAAUCGACACAAUCGACCAGAAUCUCAAUCAGAUGAGAAUGCUACAGGACCGGUCCCUGAACGAAGCAGAUAGCUCCGCCUCGGGCACAACCCGGCAGCUCGACAGCCUCAGCAGCGAGACCAUGUCCCAUUACCGAACUUUGGUUGAACGAGUGCGCCAGCUGAAGAGCAACCCCGAGAGCAAGACGCCAAAGAACGCACCACAAGUGCAGCGCAUCGAUCGCCGCCUCAAGGAAGCCAUCAAUGCCUACCAGCAAGUUGAGUCGCAGUUCCGCAAGAAGAACCAGGACCAAAUGGCCCGACAAUAUCGAAUUGUUCGACCUGAUGCCGACGAGAGCGAAGUACGAGCAGCUGUCGAGGACCCAACGGGUGGUCAGGUUUUCCAGCAAGCUCUCAUGCAAAGCAACAGACGUGGUCAGGCUCAAUCAGUUCUCAGCGCCGUGCAAGAUCGCCACGCUCAGCUACAGAAGAUCGAACAGCAACUCAUCGAGCUCGCGCAACUAUUCCAGGACAUGGACACCCUUGUGGUUCAGCAAGAAGAAUACGUCCAGCAGAUUGAGCAAAAGGCCGAGGAGACAGUUGAACACUUUGACAAAGGCAACCAAGAGAUCGGAACCGCCAUCACCACGGCGAGAGCCACCCGAAAGAAGAAGUGGAUCUGUCUCGCUAUUGUUGUUGCCAUCAUCUUGAUUAUUGUUAUUGUGGUGGUCGCCUAUAUCUUCAUCAACAAGAAGUCUACCUCCACCACCACCACCAAGCGAGAUAUCAAGGCCACUUUGCACCGGGGAUCUCUGGCCAACCGACACAACUCUGUGCCUGCAGUGCUUACCAAGAAGGACGACGGAGAAGACCUGGUCAUGCGCUUCAUCGAGGACGCCGUCAACAGCCCCGAAAAGCGCAAUAUCAAGUUGUUCCGCGGAGAGACUGCUCGAUCCCAUGCCCGGUCCUGGCAAGAUGCACGAAUGGUCGACACAACUGGCAAGGUUGAGCUCGGUGAUAUGAUCUCUUAA